AUGCAGCUCGAUUCGCACCUUACUCAAUUGUUCAUCAACAACCAGUAUGUGGAUUGCUUGAAUACAGAUAAGAAAAUAUCUGUCUAUAAUCCCGCAGAUGGAAGCCUUGUGAGCGACCAGAUACCGAUCGCUGGGGAGGCUGAUAUCGAUCGAGCCGUUGAGGCCGCUCAGCAGGCAUUCACCCCUGGCUCCGAAUGGCGUCGCAUGGAUGACUUCACUCGCCAAAAGGUGUUGCUGAAAUUUGCGGACCUGAUUGAGAGCAAUCAAGAAUAUCUGGCGUCGCUCACGCGAGUCAACUUAGGUGCACCAUAUAAACCAUUUGGAAAAUCAGAGAUCGACACUGCGAUAGGAUGUUUCAGAUAUUAUGCGGGAUGGGUCGGCAAGUUUGCUGGUCAGAGCUUUCCAGCGACUGAUGGCUUCUUCAAAGUCGUUCGAAACGAACCACUCGGAGUUGUUGCAGGUAUCAUCCCCUGGAAUGGUCCGCUGGCAUCCAUAGGCCUCAAAGCUGCCCCUGCAUUGGCAACAGGGAAUGUUUUCAUUCUCAAACCAAGCGAGAAGACUCCGCUGGCUGCUGCCGCGCUCGGGCAGCUUGCAAGAGAGGCUGGCUUUCCUCCUGGGGUUUUCCAGGUUUUGACAGGAGACGGCAGCACAGGCGCGAUACUCGCCAGUCAUAUGAAAAUUGCAAAAGUUAGUUUCACUGGAAGUGUGCCAACAGGAAAAAGUGUUCAAGUCCUUGCUGCAAAGAGUAACUUGAAGAGAGUGACCCUUGAGCUUGGGGGCAAGAGUCCGGCGGUGGUCUUCGAUGAUGCAAACCUCGAAAACGCAGUUCAGUGGUGUGUCAACGGACUAAUCAACAAUUCUGGCCAAAUUUGCUUCGCUGCGUCUCGAGUAUACGUCCAAGAUGGUAUAUAUAAUAAGUUCCUGACGGCUUAUCGUAAAGCAAUUGCUGCUAAGCGAGAGGUAAUGGGAGACCCCGAGAGUUCGAAUUCUGAGAUCGGGCCAGUCGUGGAUCAGGCGCAGCACGAGAGGAUUCUUAGAAUUAUCAACACUGCCAGAGAAAAUAAGGACGGAAAACUCUUGCAGGGAGGGGAGGCGCUGGGCACAAAGGGAUUCUACAUCGAUCCCGCUAUUUUCCUCGACACUGAGAAGGAUUCAUCCAUCGCCAGGGAUGAGAUCUUCGGACCAGUUGUCGUCAUCAACCGGUUCAAAUCCGAAGAGGAAGUGAUUGCUCUUUCAAAUGCCUCCCAGUAUGGUCUGAUGGCCGGAGUUUUCACGCAGGAUAUUAACCGCGGUCUUCGACUGAGUGAGCUCUUCGACUCGGGGGUGGUGGGUGUAAACUGUAUCAGUACCAUUCACUUCUCCUGUCCAUUUGGCGGUACAAAGGAGAGUGGAAUUGGUCGCGAGCUUGGGGUACACGCUUUACACGCCUAUACUGAGCCAAAGACGGUUUUGAUUAACCUCACAUAUUGA